UGAGACGCCACCAAGCUUGACUCGUGCAAGUUGAAUCUGAGCCAAUGGUGUCAUUUCGCCUCUGCGCCUCAAUCCGUUCCUGGACGGCCAUAACACGCAACCACUUGGCAGGCCAAUUGCGACCAGCUGUGUCAGAAAGCUACGGCAGACGGGCUGACCUAUACGAGUUCGAUGUGUUCGUACCAAUUGACGAGCCAAGUUCGUCACACUUCCAGCCAGCAAAUGCUAGUAUUCACUCUGCGCAUGCAGCGCUUGCAACUGCCAACCCUCAGACUGCACAGACUGUCCCGGAUCUUGCAACCCCCACGACUCCGGAAGCAACUCGUGAGACAGCAACGCACCACAAUCAAAAUUGUGUCAGCGAGAGUACAAUGUCAACACCUGUCUCCAGUUACAUUCCAACAGCUCCGCCGACGCCGCUUCCGCCGCGGCCGGCACCGCCGCGGCCGGCACCGCGGCCGCCGCCACCGCCGCCACUGCCAAGCCUCUCUGCAAAUUCAACGCGAGAGGAUGUGGAGCAGCCGAAAGGACGGAUCCCAGAGUUUCUUGAAAGGCACAACAUUUGCAUGGAUGGGACCAAGGUUACACCCGUUCUGAGCUUUGCAGAGUCCGGAUUCCCACCAAAGAUCCUGGAGUAUUUGCAGAGCUUGGGUUUUGAUGGCCCUACCGCGAUCCAGUCUCUCGGCUGGCCUGUGGCAUCUGCUGGCCGUGACAUGGUGGGGCUGGCGGAGACCGGCAGCGGCAAGACGUUGGCGUAUCUGGUGCCGGGCCUCUUGCGCGCGAGUGCCGCGAGUGCCGCGAGUGCCUCGUCCGAGUCGUCCGAGUCCGGGCCAGUGGUGCUGGUCCUGGCGCCCACCAGGGAGCUGGCGAUGCAGAUCCAGGUGGAGGCCUUCCCGCUGUCGGAGCUGCUGGGCCUGCGCGAUGCCGUGGUCUACGGCGGGGUGUCGAAGCGGGGCCAGCAGCAGGAGCUGCGCAAAGGCGUCGACGUGCUCAUCGCCACGCCCGGGCGCCUCUUGGACUUCCUGGACGCCGGGGUGGUGAGCCUGGAGCGGGUCGCCUACCUGGUGGUGGAUGAGGCGGACCGCAUGCUGGACAUGGGCUUCGAGCCCCAGCUGCGGCGCGUGGUCUCGCAGCUCUCGCGGUCCCGGCAGACGCUGAUGUGGUCCGCCACGUGGCCAGCGUCCAUCCAGCAUUUGGUGAAAGACUUCUGCACGGAUGUGGUGAAGCUCACCAUCGGAAUCACAGAGGCCAGGGCAAACCCGCAGGUGCUUCAAGAUGUCCGCGUGGUGACUGAACUGGAGAAGAAGCAGCGCUUCUUUGACUGGCUGCAAGAGGUGUCUCCUGCACAUGGCGAGCAGCCACGAAUUUUGGUCUUCACAGACACAAAGAAAUGUGCCGAUGCCUUAUGCCGCGAGCUGCGAUAUGAGCAGUUCGCGGCAGGUGCGAUCCAUGGAGAUAAGGAUCAGCAAGAGCGGGAUUCCAUUCUCCAGAAUUUCAGGCGAGGCCGCUGCCAGAUACUUGUGGCAACAGAUGUCGCUCAGCGAGGCUUGGACAUCAAGGAGGUGUCAUACGUCGUGAACUAUAACAUGCCCAACACGAUUGAAGACUAUGUUCAUCGCAUCGGCCGCACUGGCCGAGCCGGUGCCCGUGGCGUCGCCGUUUCCUUUCUGACCUGCGAUUUCAGGGCGCAGGACAAGGUGCGCAUGGCACGUGGCUUGAUCAAGCUCAUGCAGGACGUGGGCCAAGAUCCUCCCGAGCCACUGCUGAAGCUCGCGCAAUAGUGGCAG